AUGUCCUCCAACCUCGCCCUCCUCACCCAGUCCCACAGCAUCGUCGCCUCCAAAAAGCGCCAAAAGCGCGAACAGAUCAAAGAGAUCGCCUUCGACGAGUCCGCGCGCCUGGAGUUCCUCACCGGCUUUCACAAGCGCAAGGUCCUCAAGGCGACCGAGAGUCGCAAGCGCGCGCAGGCCCGCGAGAAGGAGGAGCGGCUGCAGGCCCGCAGGGAGCAACGAAAAAUGCUCGCAGAGCAGGCUAUAGAGAACGCACAAAAAGUAGAAGCCGCAUACGGCGGCGGCAUCGGUGAGCCCCCUUCCCUACCUUGCCCUCCACACUCCACCGCUCACUGA